AUGGGCAAAUCAAAGCGCCGCAAGCUGCAAGAACGUAAAGAACAUAAUGAGAAAUCAAACAAUGGACGCUCGAAGUUCAACGUCCGAGACGGACCCUCGCGACCGAAACACCAGCAGUCGAAAUCGCAACAGCAUGCCAAACCCGGUACAGACAAAAAGACUACUCCUUCUACGCAAAAGCAACAGCAACACCAAGAACCGAUUAUCCCUUUCGACGCCCUCGAUCGCAUCCUGAUUAUUGGCGACGGCGACCUGAGUUUUAGCAGGAGUCUGGUAGACACACAUGGAUGCGCUGCACUACUAGCCACAACCUACGACACCGAGGCCGAAUUGCUAGAGAAAUACCCACAAGCACAAGAGAAUAAAGAUGCGAUUGAGGCAGAAGAGCAGAGGGUACUACACGGUGUGGAUGCGACGAAGUUAUCGCAGAAAGAAGUCAAGAAACAAGCUGGGGGCUGGGAGAGAGUAUUGUUCAAUUUCCCGCAUGUCGGAGGGAAGAGCACGGAUGUGAAUAGGCAGGUUAGAUAUAAUCAAGAAAUGCUCGUGUCUUUCUUCAAAGCUAUAAAGCCUUUGUUGGCUCCUCAUGGCACUGUCAUUGUUACGCUGUUCGAAGGCGAACCUUACACUCUCUGGAAUAUCCGCGAUCUGGCUCGUCACUCUGGUUUGGAGGUCCAACGUAGUUUCCGCUUCCAGGCUGAUGCUUAUCCGGGAUAUUCUCAUGCGCGUACUCUGGGCAACAUCGAAGGAGGCGGUGGUUGGAAGGGUGAGGAGAGACUGUCAAGAAGCUAUGUAUUCCAGCACAAGGGUGCGGGAGAUGUAGUACAGAAGCAACAGGCCAAGACAAACAAGAGAAAGAAGACGGAGGAGAGCGAUGAUGAAGACAGUGAUGAGGACUGA